GGUGUUCCCCUGCGUCGGGAUCAGAGGACGCAAAUCAAGUGAAACAAAUCUUCUGACAGGAGAAAAGUUCAUGCUGGAGUUUGCAAAGACCUCCGAGGGACACAUGAAGUCCAAGCUGAAUAUGGAGACUUUGACCAAGCCAGAGUUGCUGAUGCUUUUCAGCAUCCUGGAGGGAGAGCUGGAGGCCCGGGACCUGGUCAUUGAUGCCCUAAAGGCCCAGCGUAAAGAGCUGUUUAUCCAGGAACGCUAUGGCAGGUACAACCUCAGCGACCCCUUUCUGGCCUUGCAGAGAGACAGCGAGGCUGUCGGGGGCCAGAACAAGGACCAGGGCUGUUCCUCCCCCACCUCCAACCCUCUGGUGGUUCUCAAGCUAGUGGUGAGCCACUGCCGAAGGAUGCAGGAGAAGAUGUUGGCCCAGCUGGCUGCAGCAGAGAGCAGGCACAGAAGGGUCAUUGCAGAUCUGGAGGAGGAAAAGAGGAGACAUGCUGAGGACACAGCAGAGGGAGAUGAUGUCACUUACAUCCUAGAGAAGGAGAAGGAGCGCUUACAACAACAGCUGGAAUUUGAGCGGAGCCAGGUCCGACGUUUGGAAAAAGAACAGCGGCGGAUUACUGACCAGAUUGAAGAAGAACGGGCUCAGCACAAACAGCUCUCCUGCGCUUUGGCCAAAGAGUGCAAGUGGGCAAGUGCCAGGGCUCUGGAGGAGGGUCACCGGCUGACUGAGCUCAGCCGUAAACUUGACAAGGAGAAGGAGGCUUGUCAGGCCCUGAGAAAGGAGCUGGAGGAUGAGAAGAGGAGAACUCUGAGAAUGGAGGCAAGGGUGGAGGAGCAGCUGGCAGAGUUUGACACGGAACGUGAGCAGCUCCGCUCACGUUUGAAGAAAGAGGAAGCUCACUGUUGUCAGCUACAGCAGCAGGUAGAAGAGAUGAGGAGGAAGGCGGAGGAGGUGAACUUGAUGAGAGACGUUAGGGGGGUAGUUACAGCUCCAGUGGAGGCACGAGAAAAGGAGUGGGCCACAAAAGUUUCUUCAGGAAAAACAGCGGUAGACACUAUUAAGGUUGAGGACAUUGAAGAAGACAGAAACCAGCAAGCUGUGCAGCCAAAAGUCAAUGGUCACCACUGUCUGAUGGAGACCAAUGGGCACCACGGUCCAAACAGCGCCGCCUCAGAGAAGAUCUGCCUCCAGAAUGGGAAUGAAAAUUCUACGAUUCAUCAGACCCAGAAAACAUUCUCUUCCUGCAGUGCCACCCCGUCCACUCUGCCUCCUUCCUCACCCUGCGCCUCACCUGUCCUUGCCAAACGCCCUCCAGGCAGCCCAAGCCCUGGCAGCUACCAGUCUCCCUACCAGGCCGGGAUCAACCAGCGCUUCCACGCUGCUCGUCACAAGUUCCAGGGUACCGUUGACCCAGAGCCUCAGUCACAGGCCGCACAGCCUCCCCUCUCGCCAAAGGACAUCUCCCCUGUGACCAGCAGCCCCUCCCUCGAAGCCAGCCCAGUCAAGCAGAUGGCCCGAAGCACGGUCACUCAAGUCCUGUCUCGCUUCACCACCGUCCAGCAGAGUGCCACACCAAAGCUCGCGGCACCGAACAAUUCACCCUUUGGUACAGACUACCGCAGCCUGGCGGCACCCUUGUCUCCAGUCAUCGGAAGGGCCGCAGGACCACUUCCACAGGGGAUCAGAUCACCCACCAUCCCCAGGGCAGACAGGGGCAACCCUCCACCCAUUCCGCCUAAGAAGCCUGGCCUGGCCCAGGCCCCUCUCUCCCCGGCCACGGUGCCCAGGUCUGCCAGCCAUUUCUCUGACAGCCCCCUCUCAGGCAGCUGUGGCCUCACCUCGAGCCAGGAGGGAGUCAAAGAACUGGACAUGGUGGUUUCUUCUAAUUAACCCAACAUUUGAUUCAUUAAUAAAGUAGUCAGCUGCUGCUCUGUUUGUGACAUGAUGGUUUAAUCCACAUCUCAUAAUUACGAUUGAGAUUUUGUUUUGUACAUGACAGGAUUAAUAUCCUAUACUUAUUUGAACAGAGGUCCCUUCAAACACUGUUAUAAUAGUAUUUAUUAGAUUUUUUUCUAAAUAUGUGCUGAGGCAUGAUCAUAGGUAGUGGUUCAGGGGCUGGUGCUAAUGAGCAGUUACAAUUGAUAGUUUUAGUUUCAGAUGUGCCAAUACUGUAUGUUGGGCACACCAUACUGUUACAAAAUAUUAAGUUUUUUUAUGGUGUCAUAUUUCCAAAGAAUACAAUCAAUUUAUCACGUGAAGAGUUAAUUCUUACCCUAUACUUUGUCUCAAGUAUGUCUUUUUGUUAUUCCAACAAAUACUGUAAUUUCAGACCAUAUGUAACAAGUAGUCCAUUGACCAAUGCCUGUGCAUCGUCUCAUUUCAGUGUGCACUCAUAUGUACGUUGCUGUCGUUUUUAUAAAAAUGUAUUAGUUCAUUUUAUAAAUGUUCCUUAGUUUUACACAGCAGAUAAUCUAAUGCAAUCAGUUUCACACUGAGCUUUGUUCAUGUAUUACUUGUUAAGAUAAUCGUAUAAACUCAAGAUUAUACACAGGCACCAUUGUACAAUAUCUUGUUUAAGAUGAGUAAUUCUGAUGAAUGUCAUGCCUUUGUCAUUAUAAAAAAAAAAAAACAUUAUAAAACACACAAGUAUUUUAUAGUCAGCCACAGCUUUGAUUGAUAUCAUAACACAACCUCUGUGUUGGUUAUCUCUACUUUUAUCAGAUCCUUUACAGUACUGUAUAUCUGAAAACUGACAGAUUUAAUAAAUUAAUCCCAAAGAU